AUGUCUCAAGUGGAUGAUGACAUUUUAAAGAUGAUGGAGGGUAAUUCCUCUGAUUCAAACUUACAAUCACAACAACAACAACAACAAACUCUCACAUUCAAUGAUGAUGAUAUAUUUAACGAUCCAAUAACUGAUGUUACCUCCAACAAAUUUUAUAAUAAUAAUAAUAAUAAUAAUAAUAAUAAUAAAAAUGAUAAUAAUAAUAAUAAUAAUAAUAAUAAUAAUAAUAAUAAUAAUAAUAAUAAUAAUAAUAAUAAUAAUAAUAAUAAUAAUAAUAAUAAUAAUUUAAACAAGAUUAAUGGCAAUGAUAAUAAUAUUGACAGACCCAAAAUUCCAAGUAUACUUUAUAAAUCAAAAUCUAUGCCAAUACAAUCUGAAAUUAAGCAACAAACAGAUAUUAUUAGAUCAACAUCCACAGGUACAUCCUUAAAUUCUACAACACAAACUACAAAAACAAUAACAACACCACCAAGGCCAGUACCAUUACCUCCGCCAUUAGAAAUUAAAAAAACUAUACCCAAUAACAAUAAUAAUAAUAAUAAUAAUAAUAAUAAUAAUAAUAAUAAUAAUAAUAAUAAUAAUAAUAAUAAUAAUAAUAAUAAUAAUAAUAAUAAACCAAUAUAUAAACCAUUACAACCAUCAUUACCUAAAAGACCGAGUUUACAGCCAUCCUUACCUAAGAAACCACCUCAAAAUAUAAUAAAACAUCAACCAAUAGAAAUUAGAUCUCUUUCCACCCCAAAGAAUAACAAUAAUAGUUACAGUGGAAAUAAUAGUAAUAAUAAUAAAACCAGUGGUGAUGGAGUUCAAUAUACAUAUGAUCCACAAAUAGCAGAAACAAGAUCCGCAUAUUUAAAACACCAAAAACUAAAUGAUAACAACAACAGUAAUAAUAAUAAUAAUAAUAAUAAUAACAAUAAUAAUAAUAAAACAACAGAAUGGACAGAUUCAAAAAGUAAUAAUAUCAAUAUUAAACAAGUUAAACCUUUUGAAUUUGCACCAAGGGAUGCAUUAUAUGAAGAUUUCGAAACUCCUCCUCCUCCUCAAACAUCACCAAUAACGCCAAGUAAAUUAUUAGCAACAUCAUUGUCUAAUACAACUUUAAAAACUCCAACCAAACCCUCAACUGUUAAUAAUAAUAAUAAUAACAAUAAUAAUAAUAAUAAUAAUAAUAAUAAUAAUGAUAAUAAUAAUAAUAAUAAUACUAAUAAUGACGAUGAUAAUAAAUAUAGCGAUAUCAAAGGUGAGCCAUCAUCAUCAUCAUCAUCACCAUCAUCACCAUCAUCCCCCUCAACUAAAACAACAAAUGAUGAUUAUUAUGAACCGCCAUACGAAUCACCUCAAUUUGGUUUUAAAAAAAGUUCAACAGUAUAUGAUAAUGGUAUUAAUGAAAAGAUGUUUUCUUUAAAGAAACCUUUAAAACCUUUGAACAAUAAUAAUAAUAAUAAAAACAGCAAUAAUAAAACUAAUCCUAAUCAAUUUGGGUUUACAUCACAUCAUUUUAAUAAAAAUACAACAACAACAACAACAACAACAACAACAACAACAUCACCAAAACCACCCAAUACUAAUAACCAAGAUGAAGAAAUAUUUAAUAUGGAUGAUUAUAAUUUCAUACCAAAAAAGAAAACUACAACAACAACAACAACCACUACUUCACCAACUUUUACUUUAAAUUCAAACUCACCAUCAAAUACACCAAAUAAAAAAAAGAUAACUCAAUUUGUAUAUGAUCCACCAACAAAGAGACCUGAUAAUACAGUUAAUAAUGAAGAUGACAAUAAUAAUCAAAAAAGAGUUCAUAGAAUUCAAACAGAUAAAUUAAAAGAACCAAAUGGUUUCAUUAAAGUUGGUGGAUAUAAUAGUGAUUGUAAUUCAAUUCAAAGUUUAGAACAAUUAUAUAAUCAAUUCAAACCAAAUAUUAAAUUAAUAAUUUGGGGUGUAUUCUUUGAUAAUGAUAAAACCAAUACUAGACCAUCACCAACAACAACAAGCAGUACCAAAGAAUCUGAAAAAGAAAUAUCUCAUGAACCCUUAGCAUAUACAAUUUGUUUUUUAUUAAAUGAUGGUACAAUUGAUAUUAAUGAUCAAUUUGAAAUUAAUAUAAAUAGUGGUACUGACAAUAAUAAUGAUAAUAAUAAUAAAAAGAAUGGUUUAGAUGAUGAAUUCGAAUAUAUUCAAGCAACAGUAUCAAAUAAAAAAUCAUCAUUACAAUUGAAAUCAAACUCGACAAAUCAAAAAACGACUAUAAAUAAUUAUAUAUCAAAAAAGUAUUUCAUUACAAUUUGUGAUAAUAUGGGUGGCAAAAUUGAAGAGAAAUUAAAUUUCAUGAAAAAUAUCAUUCAAGAUGAAUCAAUAGUUAAAGUUGUUUACUUUUGCCAAGAAUCAAUUAAACCAUUCAUUAAAUAUUAUGAUUGGAUUAAUUUAAGGAAUUGUUGGGAUCCAAUGAUUGGUGCUUGGUUAUUAGAAAGUGACCUUUUAUCAACUAAAAAAGUUUCAAUUGAAUCACUUGCUCAUUUUUUAAAAUUAAAAUCAUUAAAUAAUAAUAAUAAUAAUAAUAAUAAUAAUAAUAAUAAUAAUAAUAAUAAUAAUAAUAAUAAUAAUAAUCAAAAUAAUAAUAAUUUAAUAUUUACAGAAAAAGAAUUAAAUUAUAUAUUAAAAAGAGAAUCAUUAUUAUAUGAUAAAGAUAAAGAUACAUCAUCAAAUUAUAAUAACUAUCUUUAUGAUCAUUGGUUAGUAUUAAAAGUUUAUAAUGUAAUCUCAAUUAGUUUAUUCGAAUUUGAUUUAAAUUUCUCAUUUUCAAAUGAAAUGAGAUUAAUACCGAUUCUAUCAAAGAUGGAAUUAGAAGGUAUUUGUUGUAAUAUUGGUAAACUGGAUCAUUAUUUAAAAAGAAUUUCAGAGUUUACUAAAGAAUUAAAAGAAAGUGUAAAUAAAGACGAUGGCGAUGAUGAUGACGAUAAUAAUUUUAAAAGAUUUGAAGAAUUUAAAUUAGGAUCAUUUAAAGAAGUUAGUGGAUGGUUAAAUCAACAUGGUGUAGAUAUAAAGAGUACAAGUAAAGAAACAUUGAUUCAACAAAAAAGAUUGAAUAUAAAUAAUCAAAAAGUUGUAACAUUUAUUGAUAGAGUAUUAUUCUAUAGAAGAUUAUCAGCUUUAAAAGGUCACUAUAUUGAACCAUACUUGUUAAAGUAUACAAAUACUACUACUACUACUAAAACUCGUAGUAAUACUAAUUCAACAUUUCAAAUCUCUUGUCAAUGGAAUCAAACUGGUACUGCUACUGGUCGUUUAUCAUCCUCUGAACCAAAUCUUCAAACUAUUCCAAGAACGUCAACAUCAUUAAUAAAUCCAACUACAGCAACAACUACUACUACUACUACUUCUACAAAUAAUGAUUUAAAUGAUUUAGAUGAUUUAGAUGAUUUAGAUUAUAAUGGUAAUGAUGGUGGUUCAUUAGAUCCUGAUUUUAUUCAAGCAUUACAAGAUGAUGAUGAUAAUAAUAAUAUUAAUAAUAAUAAUAAUAAUGAUGAUGAUGAUAAUAUUAUAAAUAUUAGAAAUUCAUUUAUUUCAAGAGAAGGAUUUAGUUUAGUAGUAUUAGAUUAUAAUCAAGUUGAAUUAAGAAUUAUUGCACAUUUUUCAAGAGAUAAACAUUUAAUUGAAUAUUUUGAAAGUGGUAGUGAUGUUAUUAAUAUGAUGGCAGUUAGAUUAUCGGAUAGAGAUGAUCUCGAUGUAAACAAUGUUGAUAAAGAAACUCGUGAUAGAGUUAAACGUAUAGUUUAUGGUAUACUCUAUGGUAUUCAAGCAUUUUCUUUGGGUAAAUUAUUAAAUAUACCAAUUUAUAAGGCAUCUGAUCAUAUAAAGAAUUUCUAUUUCAAAUUUGAUGGUGUUUCAAAUUUCAUACAGAUUACAAAAUCAAAUGCAGAAAAAUCUCAUGUCGUUCCUACACUUGGUAAAAGAAUUAGAAAAUUAGAUAGUAAAUUUAAAACUAAAGCUGUAAAUUCAAUAAUUCAAGGUAGUUCUGCCGAUAUCAUUAAAUUAGCAAUGAUAACAAUAAUGAAUGAAUUAUUUUUACCAUUAUUAAAUUUAAAUUCAAAUAAUAAUAAUAAAAUACCUCGAUUUUUAUUACAAGUUCAUGAUGAAUUAGUAUUUGAAGUACCAGAUGAAUAUUUAGGUGAUAAUUCAAUUAGAAUGGAUCUUUUAAUUAAAUACCAAAUGGAAAAUGUUUCAAAUUAUUUUAAUAUGUGUGUACCUUUAUCAACAUCUUUAUCCAUUGGCAAAAAGUAUGGUUCAUUAUCAAAAGUAGUCUCUGAAAAAAAUCAAGUCGAUUUAAAAGAAAAUAUGGACAACUUUAAACAAUUUUUAUUUAAUUAUAAAAAUAAAUAA